AUGGCCUUGCUCCUCCUUGCUGUACCCCCCACGCGGAGGCCCGAAGCGGCCCCACCACGUGGGGCGUCACUAGCCUCUGUGUUGGGUCCGGCUCGCGGGAAGCCCCAGUCAAUAGGAGAGACGGGCAAAGGCCUCGUUACGGGCCUGCGUGUGUUCGCUAACGGAGGCAGCGUGAAACGCGGAGAGAACCCAGGCCCGGCACCGGUCCUGUACACAUGGCAUGUGUCCUUGUCUAUUGGUUCUUCAGUGACAAUCAGAGGGAAACCUGCCAUAUCUUUCAGUAAGAACCCAGAAAUGCAGGUGGAUUUCCACACUGGGACUGAUGAGAACUCAGACGUUGCCUUCCAUUUCCAAGUGUACUUUGGCAUAUCUGUGAAGAUAAACAACCGUCAGAAUGGGAGCUGGAACUGUGAUGUGGCAUCCUCUGGAAUGCCCUUUGUGGAUGGCCAACCAUUUGAACUGCACAUCUCGGUGCUGCAAAAUGAGUACCAGGUAACGGUAAAUGGCCAAAAAUAUUAUAGCCUUGCCCAUCGACUCCCACCACAAUCUGUGAAGUUUGUGCAAGUGUGGAGAGAUGUCUCCCUGUCCUCAGUGUGUGUCUGCUAA